CGGAGGCGCUGCCCCUGCCCCUGCCCCGUCGGAACAUCGCCCGGCUCGGCGCCGCCAUGUCCGGCACCAGCAGCCCCGAAGCCGUGAAGAAACUGCUGGAAAACAUGCAGGGAGACCUGCGGGGCCUGAGCCUGGAGUGCAGGAAAAAAUUUCCUCCCGUCAAGGAGGCUGCUGAAUCAGGAAUAAUAAAAGUGAAAACAAUAGCUGCACGGAACACUGAUAUUUUGGCAGCACUGAAAGAGAACAGCUCAGAGGUAGUUCAGCCUUUUCUCAUGGGUUGUGGAACAAAGGAACCAAAGAUCACUCAGCUGUGUCUAGCAGCCAUACAAAGACUCAUGUCCCAUGAAGUUGUUUCAGAGGCUGCAGCAGGAAACAUUAUAAACAUGCUUUGGCAACUGAUGGAAAAUAGUCUUGAAGAACUGAAAUUGCUUCAGACAGUUCUUGUUCUUUUAACAACCAAUACAGUUGUGCACGAUGAAGCACUAUCCAAGGCAAUUGUACUUUGCUUUCGAUUGCACUUCACAAAAGAUAAUAUCACAAAUAACACUGCAGCAGCUACAGUGCGACAGGUAGUUACUGUGGUGUUUGAGAGAGUGGUUGCUGAAGAUGAACGAUACAAAGACAUUAUUGAACAGCCAGUUGCAGUUCAAGGAAAUAGUAACAGAAGAUCUGUCAGUACACUGAAGCCAUGUGCUAAAGAUGCAUAUAUGCUUUUUCAGGAUCUUUGUCAGUUAGUUAAUGCUGAUGCUCCUUACUGGCUUGUUGGUAUGACAGAAAUGACCCGAACUUUUGGCCUUGAACUUCUUGAGUCAGUCCUCAAUGACUUUCCACAAGUGUUUUUACAACAUCAAGAAUUCAGUUUUCUUCUUAAAGAAAGAGUAUGCCCUCUCGUUAUAAAGCUCUUCUCCCCGAAUAUAAAAUUCAGACAAGGUUCUAGCACAUCAUCUUCCCCAGCACCAGUGGAAAAACCAUAUUUCCCCAUCUGUAUGCGCUUGCUAAGAGUAGUUUCUGUUUUGAUUAAGCAGUUUUACAGUUUGCUGGUGACGGAAUGUGAAAUAUUUCUGUCAUUGCUGGUUAAGUUUCUGGAUGCAGACAAACCACAGUGGCUAAGAGCUGUUGCAGUAGAAUCUAUUCACAGGCUUUGUGUGCAGCCUCAGCUAUUAAGGUCCUUUUGUCAGUCCUAUGAUAUGAAGCAACAUUCCACUAAAGUUUUCCGGGAUAUUGUGAAUGCAUUGGGGUCCUUCAUCCAAUCUCUAUUUCUUGUACCAAGUACAGGGAAUACAUCAGUGACACCAAACCAAACUGGAAGCAAUGCAUCAGGGAGCACUGGAUCAGCACAGACAAACCCAGGAGUGCUUGGAAUGGGAGGCGGUGCAACUGUAUUACCUGCCUUUGAAUACAGAGGUACCUGGAUACCUAUCUUGAAUGUAACAGUACAAGGCAGUGCUAAAGCUACCUAUUUGGAAAUGCUGGACAAAGUGGAACCACCUACAAUUCCUGAAGGCUAUGCUAUGUCAGUGGCAUUUCACUGUUUACUCGAUCUUGUCCGUGGUAUCACUACCAUGAUUGAAGGAGAGUUGGGAGAGGCAGAAACAGGCAGUCAAAGCACAGCAGAGACAACUUCAUUACCAGCACAGUCUUCAAAGCAUCAGGACUUGCAGUCUUUAUCUGACCAGUCAGACAAAGAACUAGUUAGCAGAGCUGUUUGGGAAGAAAUGGUAAAUGCAUGUUGGUGUGGUCUUCUUGCUGCAUUGUCCCUCCUACUUGAUGCAAGCACUGAUGAAGCUGCUACUGAAAAUAUUUUAAAAGCAGAAUUAACUAUGGCUGCACUCUGUGGAAGACUAGGUCUUGUAACAUCAAGAGAUGCCUUCAUUACUGCCAUUUGCAAAGGAUCCUUACCUCCUCACUAUGCUCUUACUGUAUUAAAUAGCACAACUGCAGCUCUGUCCAGCAAAUCAUAUUCCAUUCAGGGACAGAAUGUUCAAAUGAUCAGUCCCUCAAGCGAGUCUCAUCAGCAAGUUGUGGCAGUAGGACAGCCCUUAGCUCUUCAGCCACAAGGAACAGUAAUGCUGACUUCGAAAAAUAUCCAGUGUAUGAGGACAUUGCUCAACUUAGCUCACUGCCAUGGGGCUGUUCUUGGUACAUCAUGGCAACUUGUCUUGGCUACUCUUCAGCAUCUUGUGUGGAUUCUGGGACUGAAACCUGGUGUUGGGGGUGCCUUAAAACCUGGAAGAGCUGUAGAAGGGCCCAGCACAGUUCUGACUACAGCAGUUAUGACUGAUCUACCAGUUAUAUCCAGCAUACUAUCAAGACUUUUUGAAAGCUCGCAGUACCUUGAUGAUGUAUCUUUGCAUCACUUAAUAAAUGCCCUUUGUUCCUUGUCUCUGGAAGCCAUGGAUAUGGCAUAUGGAAACAAUAAGGAACCAUCCCUUUUUGCUGUUGCUAAAUUACUGGAAACAGGACUAGUUAACAUGCACAGGAUUGAGAUUCUUUGGAGACCUCUGACGGGUCAUCUUCUGGAGGUUUGUCAGCAUCCCAACUCCAGAAUGAGAGAAUGGGGAGCAGAAGCUUUAACCUCUCUUAUUAAAGCAGGACUGACAUUCAGCCACGAUCCUCCAUUAUCACAGAAUCAGAGACUGCAGCUACUUCUACUGAAUCCACUUAAGGAGCUGUCAAACAUCAGUCAUCCUGAUAUCAGGAUCAAGCAGUUGGAGUGUGUGCUACAGAUUUUACAGAGUCAGGGUGACAGCUUAGGACCUGGUUGGCCGUUAGUCCUUGGAGUCAUGGGAGCAAUAAGAAGUGAUCAGGGAGAGUCCUUAAUACGGACUGCAUUCCAGUGUCUUCAGUUGGUUGUGACCGACUUUCUUCCAACAAUGCCAUGCACUUGUCUGCAGAUAGUUGUUGAAGUUGCAGGAAGCUUUGGUCUUCACAAUCAAGAGCUAAAUAUUAGCUUAACUUCAAUUGGUUUGUUGUGGAAUAUUUCAGAUUAUUUUUUCCAAAGAGGUGAAAUAAUUGAAAAGGAACUUAACAAAGAAGAAGCAGUGUUGCAGAAGCAGGCAGAAGAAAAGGGGGUGGUUCUGAAUAGACCUUUUCAUCCCGCACCACCAUUUGACUGUCUUUGGUUGUGUUUAUAUGCUAAACUUGGAGAACUCUGUGUGGAUCCCCGACCUGCAGUUAGAAAGAGUGCUGGGCAGACGUUGUUUUCCACCAUUGGUGCUCAUGGAACUUUGUUACAACAUUCAACAUGGCACACAGUGAUAUGGAAGGUUUUAUUCCACCUGCUGGAUAGGGUUCGAGAAUCUUCUACUACAGCUGACAAAGAGAAGAUUGAAUCAGGAGGAGGCAACAUCCUUAUCCAUCAUUCAAGGGAUACAGCUGAGAAACAGUGGGCUGAAACAUGGGUAUUAACACUGGCUGGAGUUGCAAGAAUAUUUAAUACCCGGAGAUAUUUACUGCAGCCUUUAGGAGACUUCUCCCAGGCCUGGGAUGUUCUUCUUGAUCACAUUCAAUCAGCAGCACUCAGCAAAAAUAAUGAAGUUUCCUUGGCUGCUCUGAAAAGCUUCCAGGAAAUCUUACAAAUAGUUUCUCCAGCCCGAGACUCAGAGAAGCCUGACACACCACCUGCUAUUAAUGUUUCUGUACCUGUGGUGGUAGGAGCAACAACUGCCACUAGUCUUGGGAGAUCAUUCAUGAGAACUGACUCCAUAGGAGAAAGAAUGGGAAGAUACAGUGGAGCUGAACUACCUGCAGUAACAGAUGAGAUUGAAGAUCUGAAUCUUUGGUGGGCAGCUUGGAACAGCUGGUACAGGAUUGGUUCAGAAAGUACAAAGCCUCCAAUUACUUGUGAUAAAUUGACUUUCAUUCCCAGCCAGCCUUUUCUUACAGCUUUAAUUCAAAUAUUCCCAGCUCUUUACCAACACAUCAAAACUGGUUUCAGCAUGGAUGAUCUCCAAAAGCUGGGUAUCAUUUUGCAUGGUGCAGUUUCAGUUCCAAUCAGUUCUGAUGCUUCCCCUUUCAUCCUUCCAUCUUACACUGAAGCAGUUCUGACAAGUUUACAGGAAGCAGUGCUUACAGCUUUAGAUGUUUUACAAAAGGCUAUAUGUGUGGGCUCAGAAAAUAUGCAGAUAAUGUAUCCUGCAAUCUUUGAUCAGCUGUUGGCCUUUGUAGAAUUUUCAUGCAAGCCUCCACAGUAUGGACAGCUGGAAACAAAGCACAUUGCAAAUGCAAAGUAUAAUCAGGCGGAAUGGGUAGCACUGAAUUAUGUACCAUUUGCUGAGAGAUCGUUGGAAGUGGUUGUGGACUUGUACCAAAAAACAGCUUGCCAUAAAGCUGUUGUAAAUGAGAAAGUUCUUCAGAACAUUAUUAAGACGCUGAGAAUACCUCUUAGUCUGAAGUACUCCUGUCCUUCUGAAAGCACAUGGAAGCUCGCUGUUUCCUCUCUUCUCAAAGUGCUUUCUAUUGGACUACCAGUUGCAAGGCAGCAUGCAUCUUCUGGAAAAUUUGACAGCAUGUGGCCAGAGUUAGCCAAUACAUUUGAAGACUUUUUAUUCACUAAAAGUGCACCUCCUGAUAAUCUCUCAAUUCAAGAAUUUCAGAAGAAUGAGAGUAUUGAUGUUGAGGUGGUGCAGCUUAUUAGUACGGAGAUACUGCCAUAUGCUAAUUUUAUUCCUAAGGAAUUUGUUGGUCAAAUAAUGACUAUGCUCAAUAAAGGCUCAAUACACUCUCAGUCAUCUUCAUUUACAGAGGCGGAAAUAGAUAUUCGAUUGAGAGAGGAGUUUUCUAAGGUGUGUUUUGAAACACUGCUCCAGUUUUCAUUCAGUAAUAAAGUCACAACUCCUCAGGAAGGCUACAUCUCUAGAAUGGCACUUUCUGUGCUCUUGAAAAGGUCACAGGAUGUAUUACAUCGCUACAUAGAAGACGAGAGGUUGAGUGGCAAAUGUCCUCUUCCACGGCAACAAGUAACAGAAAUCAUAUUUGUUUUAAAAGCUGUCAGUACUCUCAUAGACUCACUUAAAAAAACUCAGCCUGAAAAUGUUGAUGCUAACACAUGGGCACAAGUUAUUGCCUUGUACCCGACUUUAGUAGAAUGUAUCACCUGCUCCUCAUCAGAAGUGUGUUCUGCUCUGAAAGAGGCAUUAGUUCCCUUUAAGGACUUCAUGCAUCCACCAGCAUCCAAGCCUUUUUGGAGAAGCAGACCUGGGUCCCAGGUACAAAUAACAAGAUUAUCCGUACUCUGAAAGUGAAACCCUUGCAAAUGCUCUACUACUUAGUGAAAGAUAAGACAAGGCCUAUUAAGUUCUCAAAUAAAGCAAGAGGUUGAGCAGAGAAAGGGUAUUCAUUUGAUAUAAAAUCUGCUAACUUAACAAGAAAUUCUGGAAAGAGGAAUGCAGACCAAACUGUGGAUGAGUUUGUUUAUCAUUAAUUUCUGUCUGAUUUUUCAGUGGUAACACAGAUUCGUCCUAAUUAAGCAAAUCUUCAGCUUCAUUUUAAAUAGGGUGUGGGGGUGUGUGAGUCUUACCUGACUUUAUCAUCCACAGAUAUUAAUCUUCUAAAGGCUUUGAAAUAAAUUACCACUAAUGUUGCUUUGCUUCCUUUCCUCUUCAUUAUCAAAUAAUGAUAUCUGUGCUAUUUGAGAACAUUUUGGACAUGCAAGCCGAGGCUGACCAUACUCAAAACACUUUUUGUAUAAAUAGAGAACUGAAAACAAAAGUACUUAGUUUAGGGAAGACUUCUUUUAACUGACCAAUUUUUUCUGUGAAUAAGACUUUUUCUGUUUUCUGUGCCUUGUUCAGCACUCAAAUAUUUCCUCCAACUUGGAGUAUCAAUUUGUUUUUUUUAUUAUUUUUACAUUUUGCUAAAUAUUCUUAGGGUUUCUUUCAUGUAAACAGUAUCCUUGAGUAUUUAAAUUUCAUAUUCUUGCAUCUGUUUCGAGCAAGACAAGUUUUGUUCCUGAAAAAAUGUAACAUUACCUAUUGAGUAAACCGUUGUCCAAGUUGCACUUUUCAAGUCUAUAGGGUUGCUUAGGCAUGUGAAAUAAAAUAAAUGGACAUUUUCAGGAUUGAGGUCUGCAUUGUGUCAGUGAAAUCAGCUAGAAAAGGUUGUUCAGCUGAGUGUAUAGAAAUAUGUCAACUGGAAGUUAGAAGAGAAACAUUAACUGCCAAAUGUAACCACAUUAUUCACUUUUUUUUCUUCUUCUCCCUAACCUUAAAAAGAAAUUUGGAUUGGGAAUCCAGAGAGAAAAUGUGAGGGUCUUCCACAUUAUUACAAGGCUCAUAUCAAGACUGUUGAUAAUACUUGUAUUUCUCAAUGCCAUAAACACUGCCCCAGUGUACGCAAGGAUUUAACAUCAUAUUGUAGCUCUAAGGAGAAGGAACAGAUGGCUAAAGCAGGAAAUUUCUUACAAGAAAGGUUAUUCUUAGAAGCAUCUUUGUGGACCUUUGUUAGACUCACUCUAGUAUGUCCAUGACUCUCUUGUGAAAGUUUUGGGAGCAAGGACACCUGUUUGUCUACAUGGUAUUUUGCUUAUCAGGGCAAGUGCAACUCCAACAAAAAUGACUGUAGGAGUUCGUGUAAAACAUAGAUUUCAUCUGGGGAGUAAAUAAUCUUCAAGUUUCACAAGUAUGUUUCAGUAAAAAAAAAAGUGUGUUUUGCUAUAUUAAUACAAGCAUAUUGCAGUGAUGUAAUUGCCUUCGUGUAUGCUGGAAUGUAGAUCAGACGAGGCUCCUCAUUCUUUGUAAAUAAAUACAAUAGAACUUAACAUGUA